UGUUACUCUCCUCAUUUUUCUCCGAUCUUGUAUUCCUAUGUUUAUCCCUGAAACAGUGACACAUAUUAUUAUUUUAUUUUAUUUUUUUAUUCUUUUUCAAACAGACAGAACAUAAAAAGUCACAUAAACAAAUCCUUUCUCCACUGUCGGUGCAUUCUCAUGAUCCGGUAACACGUUAUUUCUCUCUUCUUACAACAACAUCCAUCUCCUUCACUUCACUCACCCAUCAAAAUCCUUCACCAAAUUUAUCAACUUUUGGGCCUGAUCUCAAAUGGGUUUGCUUUGAAAAUUCCAAAUAUGAACCAUUUCAUGAUGGGUGAUCCAUGAAGUUUCCAUUUUCUUGUGGUACGUGUAUUGUAUGUUAGUACAUUCUGCAAUUGUAACAUGGAUCUGGGAUAUUUUAGAUUUCUAUGUCUAGCAGAAACAAGAAGAUUAGUUUCAUUGUUGGGAAUAAUAGUAGCUCUAAUUUUAGUUCUUCAGUUUUCUGAACUUCCAAAUACUAAGUUUUUUUCUUCUCUUACUGCCAGAAUCAAAAGUUUUACAUUGGAUACACCUUUGGUUAAUUCUACAAUUGGUGAUAAUAAUGUGAAACUAAAUGCUUCAAAUUCAAACUCUACUAAUCCAUUACAAAAUAUAGCAAUUAGUCCUCAAGCCUCUUCAUUAGAUCAAGUUACAAAUUCAGAAAAGAGUAAACAAAUUGAAACUGUUGUUGGAUUUAGAAAUGAUGGUUCACCAAUGGGUAGUGUUGAUGGAAAAGAUGUUAAUUUAACAUCACAAGGGAAUCAAUCUUCCUUGCUUGCACCACAGCCUAUGAUACCAUUGUCCAACGGAACAUUCUUUGAUUCAAAAAUGUAUCCAAAGGAUGGAAUUUUGGAAGCUUUGCAAGCUAAUUACAAUGCAACAAAAGGUAAUGAUAAGCUCAUGAUUUCAAAGAAUUCCAAAAAGAAGCCAUCGAAAAUAGUUGCGAUAUCUGAGAUGAACUUAAUGUUACAGCGUAACCAUGCUUCUUCUCAGCGACCGAAACCGGCGAGUUCUUCAGCUAUUAAUGUGGAAAUAAUGAAAGUGAAGUCGGAGAUUGAAAAUGCACCUACCAUUAUGAAUGAUUCAAGACUUUACUCACCUUUAUACAGAAAUGUUUCCAUGUUUAGAAGGAGUUACGAACUAAUGGAGAAGAUGCUCAAAGUUUAUAUCUACGCGGAUGGAGACAGGCCAAUCUUUCAUGAGCCAUUACUGGAAGGAAUAUAUGCAUCUGAAGGAUGGUUUAUGAAAUUAAUGGAAGGAAACAAACAGUUUACCACUGAAGAUCCUGAGAAGGCUCACUUGUUUUACAUACCUUUCAGUUCUAGAUUGUUGCAGUUAACUCUUUAUGUUCGUAAUUCACACAAACGUUCGAAUUUAAUCGACUUCAUGAAAAAUCAUGUCGACAUGAUUGCUGGAAAGUACCCUUUCUGGAAUAGAACUAAUGGAUCAGAUCACUUUGUUGUUGCCUGCCAUGAUUGGGCUCCUGCAGAAACAAGAGGGCGUAUGCUUAAUUGUAUAAGAGCUCUUUGCAAUGCUGACACUGAAGUAGGAUUCAAGAUAGGAAAAGAUGUUUCUCUUCCAGAAACAUAUAUAAGAUCAAUUGAGAAUACUGUCAAAAAUCUAGGUGGCAACCCUCCAUCUGAGAGGCCUAUCCUGGCAUUUUUUGCAGGCGGUUUGCACGGUUACGUUCGGCCUAUGCUGUUGAAGUUAUGGGAGAACAAAGAACCUGACAUGAAAAUUUCUGGUCCAUUGCCACAUGUCAAAGGUAAUGCAAACUACAUCGAGCUCAUGAGGAGUAGCAAAUUCUGUAUCUGUGCAAGGGGUCACGAAGUUAAUAGUCCGCGUGUGGUAGAGGCAAUAUUUCACGAAUGCAUUCCUGUUAUCAUAUCUGAUAAUUUUAUUCCUCCUUUGUUUGAGGUUUUGAAUUGGGAAUCAUUUGCUGUGUUUAUCGAGGAGAGACAUAUUGCUUAUUUGAGAGAUAUACUACUUUCUAUACCAGAAGAGAAAUACUUGGAGAUGCAGAAGAGGGUGAAAAAGGUGCAAGAACAUUUUCUUUGGCAUAAUGAGCCUGUUAAGUAUGAUUUGUUUCACAUGCUCCUUCAUUCAAUUUGGUACAAUAGACUUUUCUAUACAAGUUAGAUGUAGUAAUCAUGUGUCAAUUUUGUAGAAAACUCAUUGUGUAAACAUAACAAACAGCUAAAACAGGAAUAAUAUGCUGGUAGGAAAAAAAAUCAUUAGUUCUUGUUGAGGGUCAUUUUUAUCCCCAAAAUGAAGAAAUCAACAUUCAUAGUAGAGUUUGUCAAGCAUAUUAUUGUUUGGUUGCUUGGUGAAAUCAUGAGACCUAUUGUUUUAUGCUUCUUGUGAGAUUUGAUCAAAAUGUAGAAGUGUUUAUCAUGUAACAGCAGAAACAUGAAAUCACUUGUUUACAAAAAGUUUGGAUGGUUUGAGACUUUCUCCUAUGAAAUAAUACAAUUUUUUUUUUCUCCUAUAAA